AUGCAUUAUAGCUCGGCUUUCCUCGUUUCUUUGCUCGCCGCUACAGCUGCGGCUAAAGGCUUCGUGCUGCCUGCCAACCAAGAGGACGGCGUCUACAUCUCCAAGGGACGGCCCCAUCCCCAUUCCUCCAAGUUCAGGAGGGAUGUCUCUACGACCGUAAAGAUCGGGAACAUCACGUACGACGAAGUUACCGAGCCUGGCGCCAUCGAGAAGCGGGGAGUCCCCUGGACUGCUGUCAGAUGUGAUGACAGAAACAUCCUGAACGAGUGGGACUACGCGCCGGCCCGAGAUAACCUCAAGAAAUCGUGCGACAAGGGCAACAAAGCUCCGGCCUGGGACGGCAAAUCAGGUAUUCUCUACGCCCGAGUCGGCAGUGCCAUCUGGUACGUGUGCAGCUGGGGAGGGGAGAACCCCUGCAGCACUGAUGAGAUCAAUGACGCCGAGGUCAAGAUGGACGCCGAGUGCACUGAUGAGGUGUCUGCCUGGAUUGAAGUCUCCAACUGGAAGAAGGGCUAUGGUAGAGCCAUCAGCGGCAUGGAGGUUUGCGAUCAGCGGCCUUAA